UCGGUUAUGGUAUUUGUCGGAUCCGUAAGGGCACUCGACGCCCAAAACUCCACGGCCGUGCUGUAUCCCUUCGCGCAUCAGGUGGGAGGUCACACUCAGAUGCUGCUCCUGGAUAAGAGUACAUUAUGCAAACCCUUGAUAAAUCGCGAGUUGCAAUUUUAUCUGGACAUGCCCCGAGACCUGAGACCCUUCACGCCUCAACACAAGGGCGUGAUCAGGGUCCACAGUUACUCGGAUGACGAUUCGAUCCUGAGUUACCAUCCCCACAAACACGAAGCCAUAAAUAAGCGCCAUUCCUCGGACGAUCUGUCGAGAUGGCAGCGCCGACACGACAUGCGACAGGCCAACUCUCUGAAAGUUCAGAUAUGCUCGUGCUCCGAGGAGCGCCACCUUCUCCAGCGCCCCAAAAAGGUUCAUCAUCGAUACUUCCUCCUGUUAGAGAAUGUCGUCUCCCGUUUCCAUCGUCCAUGUAUCCUAGAUCUGAAAAUGGGUACUCGGCAGCACGGCGACGACGCCACCGACGAGAAGAAAAACAGGCAGAUGGCCAAGUGUGCGGCUUCGACUUCAGCAAACCUUGGUGUCCGACUAUGUGGAAUGCAGGUAUUUCAAGCGGACAUACGAGCGUUCUACUGGAAGGACAAGUAUUACGGACGAAGAUUGGACGAUCAAGGCUUCCGGAACAGUCUCUACCAAUUCUUCCACAACGGGUUCCAAUUACGCACCGACGUUAUUGACUUGAUUGCCGAGAGAUUGGUGAAAUUGAGGAAAGCCAUUGAGAAACAGAACUCGUUCAGAUUCUACUCGUCCUCGCUCCUCAUCAUCUAUGAAGGAUGCGAAGACCUCGAAGAUGGUCUUUCGGACCCCGAGGACGCGGAAGAAGGUGAAAUGAUGGAGGACGUGAUGGAUUUCGCUUCCUGCUCGGGUGACGUUGACGAUUCGUCCAUGGAUUCGUCGCUGGAUUCCGCUCCCUCGUCCCACUUGAAAUCGGGCCGCAGGUGGAGCACAAAGCCUUCGCAUCGAGAACUGCAUGGUCCGCAGGUCGAUGUGCGCGUCAUAGAUUUCGCACAUACCACUUACGAGGGCUAUGAAGGCGACACGAAAGUUCAUAAAGGACCAGAUGCCGGAUAUCUGCUCGGUCUAGACAAUCUGGUGGAGAUGCUCCGUGAAGUGAAGAAUGGACGCGGGACAGGCGGUCAAUGCGAGCCGGAGUCGUCUGCGAGCCACGACGACGACGACGGCAUCACCGACGUCGAUUCGACUCCCCACUUGUAAAUAGUGGAGCUUACGAACAACAACAUCGACCCUCCACAGAAAGUGUAUAAACGAUCUUUGGUGACACAAACGUAUUCGCACCGCACGUAUGGUGAGACCCGCCUACGACCUUGUGAACAAAACCCUCAAACGCCCUCUUGGGCAUUCUGUAUCUUCAGCAUGAUGUACAUAUCUCAUUACCACAACAGCGAUGUUCGUUGUAGCCUUGUUCUGAUGAGACUUCUGGCUACCGUUGGGUCAUUCGAUGACUUUCUUUCUUGCCGCUCCACGAACAUUUUCCGAACCAGCGAACAUUUUCUUCGUUCUUAGCCAUUCGCUCCCAAGCGUUUUGACCAAACAAUGGAACCCAUCAAUUUUUAGAUUGAUUGAUUGAUAAUCUCAAGACGUAGACUCUGCCAGCCGAGAAAAUGCUGGUACCGAGACAAACUCAGUAAUUCGAAAACUAGAGACGAGCAGUAGCUUCACGAUGCACGAACGGCCAGUGCGGAAACGUCACAAGACUUUUCUAGUGGACGAGUUUGCGUACGCGUGAAUUUUCGAAAUGGCAGUAUUUUCUUGUAAAUAUCGUUGCAAAUGAGAUCUUGGAGCUCGCGCCCGGAAGCAACCGAAGUUUCACGAUGAUGGAAGCAAAACCUGUCAAGCGAACGGAGGAAAACGCAAUCGAACGGGUGUGGCGGCGACUGCCGUGUACUAUACGACGAUUGAUUGAAUUACCGUUCUGGCAAAUGUGAUAAGAGUGAGUGUGAGUACUGUUCAGUUGUUCCUAUGGUCUGUUGACGACUGCAAUAAUGAGACGUCGUAGAAACUCUCGACAUACAAAUCCCAAGAGCGAUGCCGAACGGUGAUGAUUUUUUUCUAUUCACGCGAACGUAUAGAGCGCCCGGAGCGAGAUUCCAUUCCGGCAUCGGCUGAUGGUGUCCCGCUGCCGAGCAAGGUCGGAUGGGCGGAAGAAGAAUGUUCGAUUCGUGGAGUAUAGUGUACACAUAGGUACGGUGACAAGCUCUUAUUUCGUAGUGUCUGUUCCGGGACUGUAACCGGGGUUUGAAACAACUUCGAUCUCUGAGAAGGCAUUCCAAUCACGGACUAUAUACUCAGAGCGAAAAAUCAAGUUCAAUCCAUCAGGAGACACACGAUCGUCGAUUCCAGCGGACGAUUUCGGAAACGUAGAGCAGGAAUAUCAUUGAUUAGAGCAGCUUGUACUUGAAGUUUUCUCCCGCCGGGGCUCUACCCGCCCCCCUGUAUCUCCGAUGCUUCCGGAACUUGGUGAUCGACCAUUAGUCAUAUCUCGAGUUUUUCCAAGCUGCUGGAUGAAGAUCCGAGAGUCUGCAUGUACUUGAGUUGGAAUGUAGUCAAACAGUCGGCUCACACACGGUAGAUUUGCUAAAGAAUAGCUGGCAGACAUCUAUUUUGUGGAAUUCGUACUCAUCCUGGAAGUUCAACCCGGAAUAAUAAUCUAGACUGUAAAGGAACGACGUGCGAUGAAGUAUUCACAAGUUAUAUGAUCUACCUGAUAUCCUAAGACAUCCUAUCCUGAUGAUGGAGUAGAUUCAAAGUAAUUGACCUAUUAUUUUGGAAGUAGUGUUAUUCAUCCUGUAUUCUCUCAGGGCACGCUCCGUCUCCUCCGGAGACAUCCGACGAACCUCGGACUUCGUAGCAUGAAAAUUACCACUUGAUCCAUCUCUGAAACCGUCACCGAAAUACGUUAUAAGUUUAUGUUCAUUGUGAGACCUGCGGGAAUAUCAGCUGAGCGGAGUGGGGCUCGAUCAUUCAUUCGGUCGAACUCGUCACCGAAUCACUCAUUCAAUCAAACGAAAAGUGAAGACGUUGCCGCGUGUUAUGCUGCCUGACUGCAUUUUGCUGCACGUUCUGUGGGACGUAGGCACAAAGCUAUUGAGCGAUGGCCGCAAUAAAGUUAUUUAAUUCAGAAUAAAACACUCGAA